CAACGUUUGCAUCAGUCGUCGGUGAGUCUUGAAGCAGUGUGGACGCGAUCAUCGGUCGAGUCGAGAAGCGUCGCAGUUUCGGUUGUGCUCAAACUGCUCAAUUUUGGUCGUUGAACGAUCAGCAAAGACUGAAAAUAAACCGAUCUAACCUUCAGAGCAUUUUGUGCUGUAGAGCUGGCGGUGUGUUACUUAACCAAAUCGAGAGUGGAUCCGCGCUUUUCUUGAUGGUCCCGAGCAUCGAGCGUGUAUCUGUUGUGUGGUGACAGUGCGUUUGUUGUUCGGAAAUGAUUCGUUUGAAUUAAGUGUUUGCGGAUCGACGGUGAAGAAAUUAGCAAACAAUCCGUUGCGAUCAAUUGGGUGACAUUUGUGUGGAGUGUUUAAGUGAAUUUUGGCUACCCCACGCGGCAAAGAGUUCACUCACCUGAUUAUAUGUGAGUUAGCAUUAGUUAGUGCGUUGGUGAAUCUGAAAAGAAAACAGAAAUUUCCUCUCGGUGACUAUUAAUAUCCACGGGGGGAAAACACGCAAAAUCUCGUUUGGCUGCAGCGCAACUGACAUCGUUGUCGUCGUCGUCGUCGUCGUUCGUCGUUCUACGGCAAAAAGAGUGUUUUCCGUCUUCCCCGUUUGGCUCGGCUAAAUAUAUAAAUUUAUGUUUGGUAGGAAUCGAGCCUGCGAGGAAAAUGCGCGCUUCGAUGCUUCGAGGAAAUGGAUUAAAAACCAAUUGAAGUGAGGCGAUCACGUUUUCAAUUUCGAUUUCACUGCAAUAAGGUGAAGCCACGGAUCAGCACCUGCCCUCUGUCGAAAAGGUUCAGGAGAUCAGUAACCAGCGAAGAACAAGCCACAUCUGCUGUUUGAGAAUCCGAGUGUGGUUGGUUGAUGCGCGAUUGUGUUGGGGCGUUUGUUGUGAUGGCUAGCAGGAGCUGAAAACUUUCGGGAAGGUAGAACGUGUACCAGAGACAUACCUCCCAAGCCAGGCCCAAGUGAAAAACUGAGCCGUCGAAAAAAGUAGUGUAUAUGCAGAGCGGGUGUGUGUUUGUUCAUGAAAGGUGCCAAAUUUUAAAACUACGUACGUCGAGCUGAUGCAACAGUAAAGUGGUGGAACAAGUUUACUGACACGGCAGAGUGAACCUAAGUGUGACAAGGAAACAUUUUUAUGGUUACGUACUUGUAUGGGAAUUCUAUGAUAGACCAGAAAGUGCCAGGCGAGUGCGACCCGGAAUGUGAGAAAAUCAGUGCACGCCGGCAGUGACAGUGAGCGUCGAGGAAAAUUACUGUCCGACGACCAGUGCGCGAUGCAUUCUAGUGCCGACGAGUGGUGUUUCGUAGAAAUAGUAAAUAAUUUACUACGUCGAAAUGCUUGUCCUCGAUGGCAAUGCUGCUUCGGAGUAUAACGUUUGGCUUAUCAGCAGGUGGAAACCAGGACCGAUAGUGACGAAGCCUUCGACGUGUAUGAAGAUAUAGUGAGUGACAGAAGUGAGAGUCCGAAAAAGUCCGUCGCGGCCUUGCUGGCGCAUGAUGGCAGUGAAAUUUUCCCGCCAAUGUCGAAUGAUGGUCCAUUCGGGGACUAUCGGAUUCAAAAUCAACAGCAGUAUAGUAGUGUCGGUGGCUCUUACCGCAAACAACAUGCUCAACGUUCACAGAGUCCGAGCUUCGACCCGCAUGAUGGCACACCGUACACGAGGGAGGUAGCAGUGAAGCAGGGCCGGAUCAAGGGCAUCGUUCGAGUGAUGCAUCCUCAGUCCGGGCUCAAAAGUGUCGACCAGUAUCUGGGCAUUCCGUACGCCGAAGCUCCGGUUGGAUCCAGGCGCUUCAUGCCACCAAGUGCCCCCAUUCCAUGGACGGGACUCAAGAUGGCAAUCAAGAUGUCGCCCGUUUGUCCACAGAAUCUGCCCACCUUAAAUAAUGUAAAUAACAACUACUCGAAAGGCAGAUACGAUCAGCUGAAAAGACUGCUUCCAUAUCUAAAAGUUGAGAGCGAAGACUGUUUAUAUUUAAAUUUGUACGUGCCUAGCUAUGAUGGAAUUGGACCACAAGCGAAAUAUCCGGUAAUUGUGUACAUACACGGCGAGUCCUACGAGUGGAACAGCGGCAACCCGUAUGACGGAUCAAUCCUGGCCAGUUACGGCAGGGUCAUCGUGGUCACGCUAAAUUUUCGGCUUGGAAUUCUGGGCUUCAUGAAACCAGGCAUUAGCGACCAUACUACCAGCAAUUUCGGUUUACUCGAUCAGAUAGCCGCCCUGCAAUGGAUAAAGGAAAACAUCGGUGCGUUCGGCGGCGACAACAAGCUGGUGACGGUGAUGGGCCACGGAACGGGAGCAGCGUGUGUAAACUUUCUGAUGGUGUCACCUGUUGCCAAGGGAUUGUUUCACCGGGCGGUUCUACUCUCCGGGUCAGCCCUGUCCGAUUGGGCCUUGACGCAGCAUCCCUUGCAGUCGACCAUGCAGGUGCUACAAGGACUCAAUUGUCCGCUAAACGGCGAUAACGAUGAAGUUGCUGCCUGCCUGCGACGGAAACGCUACAGUGAGAUACUGAAUGUGAAAAUUGCCUCGCCACAAUUUUCCACUCGAUUCGGACCGAUAGUGGAUGGAUUGGUGAUUCCAAACACGCCGCACAAAGUGAUGGGCCAGUAUAGCGACAUAUUUAGUGGGUACGACCUACUUUACGGGAUGACAGAGCUGGAAUCGUACAACAUUCUGAACGCUGUCGCCCUGACGUACGGCUUGCUGGAGAACGAACGCGACAAUCUGCUGCGGUUCUACAUGCAAAAUCGCUUCGAGAUCCGUCCCGACCUGGCGCUCGCCGCAACGCUUAAUGAGUACACCGGUAUCCUCACUGAUCCGAACAAAUCGCUGGCAGACAUCCACCGUGACACCUUGUUGGACAUUUUAUCUGAUGCCCGCGUUGCCGCCCCGAUGCUCCAGACCGGGCUCUAUCUGGCAAAAGUUAAUCCCAAAUGCUACAUGUACGUGUUCGGUCAUAAUAGCGAGGCCGGCGAAUAUGGACGGCUCUCUCAAAGCGUUGUAGGCGAAGACUUGGCGUACAUAUUUGGCGCUCCACUCGGACCGGUUGGACCCUUUCAAACUCACUACAACGCUCGGGAGCGACUUUUCUCCGAAGCCGUGAUGAAGUAUUUUUCCAACUUUGCUCAAACUGGAAACCCGAAAGCCCCCUGGAAGGACCUCUUCUUGAAUAUGAACCCAGAAGAUUGGCGAUACUACGACGUUGAUUGGCCCGAGUUCAAUAGUGUAAAUCAAAGCUUCUUGCAUCUUGGGUUGACACCAGUUGUUAGUCGUCAUUAUCGUCAGCAGUAUAUGAAAUUUUGGAAUCAGAAACUGCCAGAAGAGUUGAAGAGGAUUACUACUUCAAAACCGUACUCCCCCUACUCGGAGUUAAUCAGCCCACCAGAUCGCCGAAUGACCACUUCCAGCCCAGAAUUUGUUACCGGUCACAUCAACCUUUUCCCAAUAAAAGUAGACAUUGAUAAAUCCACCGAGGACUCCUUCAAGGCGCUGGUUUAUCGGAUGAAGGACGGACACAGUGGAGGACCUGGAAUGUACAAUGCUGCGGCUUCAUCGAUUGGAAUUCCGGCUGAAGCACCGGUGAAAGAAAAACCUAAGCCUGAAAAUGUCGAAAAAGACCUGGAGAGUUCUGAAAUGAUGAAAACUGAGGCUUCUCUCACGUUACUAAUUACAGUGGCGAUAGUUUUCCUGAUUUUCAACAUAUUCGUCAUCGUGGGCUACAUCAUCAAACGCAAUGUUGGACACAGAAAAGUAAAACAAAAAUUUGACGAAAACAUCCUAGAGAGCGCUGCUUCCAUGAACGAAAAACGAUCGAAACUUAACGAUACCGAGGAUAGCUACAUAUUGGACAUGAUGCGAAAGUCGAACCCAUACGAGCCGGUGGUGAAGGCGAAUAAUUUCACUUUGCCACGGCAGUUCAGUGGUGACACAAUGGAUCCACAUACGAAAGUCUGUGACUGGAUUUCACAAGACUAUGGAACAGUUUGUACGAAACAAAUUGACUGCGAUGGAAAUGGUUCUUGCCAUAAAGAUAAUCUCCCCUUGCCACAGAAGGUAAGCGUGGCAAUUGAUGCUACCCCACAGGCUCGAAGCAACAGUGUUCUGCGGCAAGAACCAAUCGAGAUAACAAAAGCCAAAUCGUUUGAAUGUGCUUCGCCGGACGACUAUAGUGAAAGCGUCAGUCAGGACUCACCGUGCGAAUCCGACACACGACAGCAGUGCUCUAGCUCAGGAUCGUCAUAUUCAUACAACGAUUGUGAUUAUAAAGUCGAACCGAAACAUUUCAAAUCUGAUUCGAACCCAAUUUAUAAUAAUUACCCAUAUCAAAACGAAGAAAUCACUAGUUUUAUCGAACCUGGUGAUAUAAAUGUCACGUCUCGAGAUAAAAGUGUAGAAAAAGACCCUCUCUCGCCAGAGGAGGCACUCAAAGUCAUUCAACGAAGAAACUUUCCGAAAGUGCUACCUGAUUACCCGAAUGGGGUCGCAGGUAUAACAGCUUCCAUGAAACGGCGGUCCCUGCCACCGCAAGCUUUCCUGUUGACCAACUCGCACAGUUUGAGGAGAGACAGCUCCCGACUGGUUCCAGCGCCUCCCCCACGAAUCUCAUCGACACUGGGUCGACGGUCCUCGAAAAAUAGAACAAGCAAUAAUUUCCUCAGCUCACCACCCGUGAUGGCUGAAGAACCACCAAUUGAGGAAGAACCUCCAAUCACACUGAACACACUUCACGUAGGGCCAUUACUCCCGAAGCAUCAUGAAAACACUUACAUGACCAUGUCCCGGCAAAACUCUACCGAAGCUGAACAGAACAUGCCAUCAGAAGAGCCAGCGGUCGACAUCAUUUGUAUAGAACACAAACCAGAAAGUCAUUACAGUUACAUCAAACCGCCAAGUACGAUAAAACCCCCGACAUCGUUCAAGUCCUCCCCACCAAAAGAACUGAACCGAACGGAGAGCAAGCCAGAACUUCUGCAUCAACCACCGACGACGUAUGGUUCCACGCCACGUUUGCCGAUUGCUCGGUCUGGCAGCAGCACAUUGCAUCGAGAGAUGAGUUCCGAUUCGUCAGCCACUGACACCACAUCCGGCAGCACCGGAACAAUUAAGAUGCUGUAAUCAUACUUCGUCGGUACUACUACUCCGUACAAAACCGUCACGUAAACACCCUUACCGCAGUCAGUGUACGACCAGCAGCACCACCCGUGGGUUUUCACACUCAUCAUCGCAUAUAUCGUCGGUUUCCUGCAAUAGGGGCACAACUCAAAAUUAGUCAUUUUUGAGAUUUUGAUGGCAAAUGAUGAAAAACUAUGUAAAAUUUCAUCUCACAAAGACCCGUUCCAAAAUUCGUUGUGAAACGCGAGAUUUGGGCAUUUUCACCAAUUUUCCGCAGUAAGGGCACAACUCAAAAUCGGUCAACUUUUUCAAUAGUCGUUGAAAAAUAGUUGUCAAAAAUUCAUGAAACAGAUAGUCCUUCAGCCCCUUUCAAUGAUACAGCAAUCAAAAUUUGUUUACUUUUGUCAAAUGAUGAGAGAAAUAAGUGAAUUUGCAGGAGGUGCUUCAUGAUUGCCAAUUUUCAAACGCUUAUUCUGAAAAUUCACAUUUUUUGAGUUGUGCCCCUAUUGCAGGAAACCGACGAUAUAGUAUUUAUGUAUUUAUCGACAGAAACCUCCUUCCAUGUCCUCCCGUGUCACACCACGAUAAUUCCGAUCAAAUAUUUAUUUUAACUCUUGUAUAAUUUAGUUGUAAACAGAGCUGUCGAGGAGCAACCGGGCAGGGUACAUUACAUUACACGCACAGUUGACAAGUGUGAAGUUAGAUUUGUUUUGAUGUCGGCUAGCGGCUAUCAAAAUGAUUACUUUUAUAAAGUUGUAAACAUAACACACAGAACAUAGGCACACAAGCGUACGAAUAGUGUACCUACUUGAAAGCAAUCGAAUAAAAUAACUCGUAAUGAGAUUUUAUAGCUAACAUCAA